UCGGCCGAACGGUGGUUUGUUGUUGAACGGAGGCUGGCGAUGGCCGAUUCCUUGUGAGGAAUCGCGAACUUCUGUACAUGAGCGCCUUUUGUGAAGCGAGCGUUUAUCUCAUCGUUGCGUUGCUCAUUUGAGUAGCUUCAGAGGGAAGGCGCCUUGAGGCGGCCAUGGCGUCUCCGAGGCUGCGUGCAUCAUUGUGUCAGUUGUUUGUUGUGGUCGCUUGUCUCUCAUCGACUUGCCUCGCUCUUUACGAAGAUCAAGUCGGUGUGCGAGACUGGCACCAGCAGUAUAUUGGGCGCGUGAAGCAUGCGGUGUUCCAGACUCAAGGGACGGGGCGGAAACGCGUGGUGGUGGCAACGGAGCAGAAUGCCAUAGCGUCCCUCAAUCUCCGCACCGGUGACAUCUAUUGGAGGCAUGUGCUUGGUGAAACGGACAACAUUGAUGCACUUGAGAUUUCCAUGGGAAAAUAUGUGUUAACAUUGUCAAAAGGGAACACUGUGAGAGCCUGGCACUUGCCUGAUGGUGCUCUAAUUUGGGAAACCAGAAUACAAGCCUUUCAAGGAUUUAAUUUGGGCUUGAUUAAGCUCCCGGUUGAUAUUGAUGGUGACAAAGUCAACGACUUAUUUGUCUAUAGUGGCAGCAUUUUAACUGCGAUUUCAGGAGCUGAUGGCGCCACACUUUGGCGAGUGGAUGCUGCUGGCAGCAAGAACAUAUUUAUUGAAAAAGUGGUUUUAGCACCAGAGGAGGGGAAAGCUUAUGGGCUUGGUUUCUUUGGUAUUAUGGGGGUAGCGCUAGUCGAGAUAGACUUAAAGACAGGCGAUUUGAGCGAUCUUAAGUCAGCUGAACUCUCUUCAAUGCUUUCCACUGAGCAUCUUCAUGUCACCAGCGAUUAUGCUGUAGCCCUUCAGUCAGAUGCCGAGAGUUUGGUUGUUGCACUCAUUAAUUCCCACAAGGAGUUGAUUGUGGUGGAGACUCCAGUGAGCAGCAUCCUCACCAACCCUGGUACUAGUUUGAAGCUACUUAGUACAAAUUUGGAGGGUGUCAUUUCCCUGUCCUCCGACGAUCAAACUGUUAUCCUCAAGGUGGACCCAACCACUGGAAAACUUUCUCUAGUGGAACGUUUGACAGGUGCUGUCGCUGUAAGUGAUAGCUUGAGUGUUUUGGAUGACAAAUAUGCGACUGCCAUUGUUGAGUUUUCGGAAGAAGGGAGUGCACAGAAUGUGUUUAACCUACGAGUGAAGGGCAAUGAUUUCUCUGAUGAAGUCCAGAAGGAGACAGUUAAAUUACCUAGUCACAGGGGUUUCAUUCAAAAGGCAUUCUUGAAUGCGUAUGUGCGAACUGAUCGUUCACAUGGGUUUCGAGCAUUGGUUGUUGGAGAAGACGAUUCUUUAUCUCUUCUUCAACAAGGAGAGGUCGUUUGGACAAGGGAGGAUGGUUUGGCGUCUAUUGUGGAUGCCAGUCCUGCUGAACUUCCACUCGAGAAAGAUGGUGUCUCGGUAGCUGAGGUGGAACACGAUUUGGCGGAAUGGCUAAAGGGUCAUAUAAUGAAGAUGAAGGCUACCCUAUUUCUUGCAACCCCAGACGAGUUGGCUGCUGUUCAGAGAGCCAGAUUAAACCAGGCUGACAAGACCAAGCACACACGGGAUCACAACGGCUUCCGUAAGCUUCUUGUGGUUCUUACCAAGGCAGGAAAAAUUUCUGCUCUACACACCGGGGAUGGUCACGUGGUCUGGUCCCUUUUAGUCCCCUCCCUACGCGCUAGCUAUGGCAACCCACGCUUCUCGCCACUCAAAAUUUUCCAGUGGCAGGUCCCCCAUCAGCAUGCUCUGGAUGAAAAUCCUGUUGUGCUCAUUUUAGCUCAAGCAGAUCCUGGAUAUGAUGUCAAAGGUGCUCUCUCAUGGAUAGAUGUUCAUAAGGGUACGGAAUUGCAGUCUGUCAAACUCAGCUACUCUGUCACUCAAGUGGUCACAACACCUGUAACUGAUUCCUCAGAACAGAGACUUCACCUUCUGAUUGACAACCGAAAAAGGGCACAUCUCUUUCCUGCAACAGAGGAAAGCUUAGCAUUGUUCUUGAAAUAUAAGGAAAAUGCCUACUUUUAUGAGGUAGACAAGGCGGAUCAGAAAAUGCAUGGGUAUGGGUUACUUGACUUGGUUGACCCAAGUACUGGAAACAUCAAGGAAGGCUACGUUUUUGAGAGCCGGAAACUUUGGUCAAUCGUGUUCCCAGCAGAGACUGAAUCCAUCACUACUGUUGUGACAAGAAAAUCGGACGAGGUCACUCACACUCAAACUAAGGUUUUGUCGAAUCGAGAUAUAUUAUUUAAGUAUCUCAAUAAGAACCUGGUUUUUGUAGCGACUGUUGCUCCAAAAGACAAAAGCCAGGUUGGCGCUGUUAGUCCUGAGGAGAAAACAUUGGUUGUGUAUCUUGUCGACACUGUUACUGGAAGAAUCUUACACCGUGUCUCUCACCCCAAUAUGCAAGGCCCUGUGCAUGCCGUUUUGAGUGAGAAUUGGGUAGUCUACCACUACUUCAAUCUUCGACAACAUCGAUAUGAAAUGUCUGUUCUAGAGAUUUAUGACCAGUCUCGAUUGCCUGACAAGGGUGUGAUUCAGCUGAUGCUGGGUCAGCACAAUAGCAGUGUUCCCAUCUCGUCAUACUCACCUGUAAACUUGGAAGUGAAGCAGCAGAGUUACUUUUUCACCUUUACGGUAAAGACCAUGACUGUUACAUCCACUGCGAAGGGGAUCACCGCCAAGCAGCUGUUGCUGGGCACUGUUAACGAUCAGGUACUCGCUCUGGACAAGAGGCUUUUCGAUCCUCGGAGGACUCUAACUCCAACACCUGCUGAGCAAGAGGAGGGCAUCCUUCCUCUUACUGAUUCUAUACCCAUUUCCCCUCAGAGCUAUCUGACCCAUUCCUAUCAAGUGGAAGGUUUGCGGGGUCUGCUAACUAUUCCUGCAAGAUUGGAAUCCACCUCCCUUGUCUUUGCCUACGGCCUCGACUUAUUCUACACACACACCGCACCCUCCAAAAUCUAUGAUUCGUUGACAGAAGACUUCAGCUAUGCACUACUUCUUGUUACCAUUGUUGUGUUAUUUUUGUCCAUCAUAGUAACAUAUGUGCUAUCAGAGCGGAGGGAAUUAGCUGAGAAAUGGAAGUAAAGCAGCAGCACCGUCAAUCCUUAAGAUGCUAGAUUUGGUCCUAUGGAUGGUGCGUGAGUUUUAAAUUUUCAGAUGGUUUUUAGGCUUCAGCACGCUAUCGUUAAUCGAUCCAUUUACUUACUCGGAUUGUUUGCUUGGAAGCUGAGGUUCGCGGCAUGUGACAAUAUCGAGUGAGGGAGAAGUAGUGGUGCUCGGCACUGAUCGGCAGGAUUUAUCAGCACACCCUGACCAGCCUAUGUCAAUUCCAAUAUAGACGCUAUCAAUACACUCCUCAUUUGUUCUUUUGAAUUUCACCAA